UCCUCUUCCUGAAUAGGAGGGAGUGCAAUAGUUGGAGCCGUAGGCUGGAAUUACAAUUCUAAGGGUUAGACAGUAUGCUAGCUGCAACAAACAGCCACAGUUUGGCCAUCUGACUCAAACGUGAAGUGUGGAUCAAUACAUUCUUCCAGCAACCGCUUACAGCUCCUUCUAUAGUGCUCGGUCACUACCGCCCUCCGAGCUGUGUUACACCUGAGAAAAAGGAGGAGGAGAGACAGGACAACCCACCCUUUUGGUCCUUAGCUGCUCCGUGUAGCGGCCUCUCUCGCCUCAACAGCAGCUCCACUGCAUAACAGUGGCUUCUGUUCCAACGUUAAAACACAGGGGCAAAAAAAUGCCAUUGCAUUUGCUGUAACCAAUUCUGCAAUGUUGUCGGAAGCGUAGAAAGAACUGCUGCUACUAUUCCUGUCUUCCUUACCCGGCCCUCAUUUUUCCCCUCCCCAGUUGUCCCCCUUUCCCUCCCUCCCUGAGCUUCACUGUUCUCCGGUCUCUGCUUGUUUUUCUUUGCCCGGGCGGCCUACAACCGCACAAAAUGUCGACCAGAACGCCAUUGCCCACCGUAAACGAGCGCGACAACGAAAAUCAUGCAUAUGUGGAUGGAUACACCGAACCGCAUGUACCACCUUCUAAAUCAAGUAGUAGACAAAAUUUGCCACGGUGUCGAAACUCUAUUGCAUCCACCGAUGAACAGCCUCACAUUGGUAAUUAUCGUUUACUGAAAACCAUAGGAAAAGGAAAUUUUGCAAAAGUUAAGCUAGCACGCCAUGUUCUUACUGGCAGAGAGGUGGCAGUGAAAAUAAUAGAUAAAACACAAUUGAACCCUACUAGUCUUCAAAAGCUGUUUAGAGAAGUAAGAAUUAUGAAAUUUUUGAAUCACCCGAAUAUAGUUAAAUUAUUUGAAGUAAUUGAAACAGAGAAGACGCUGUAUUUAGUAAUGGAAUAUGCCAGUGGAGGUGAGGUGUUCGAUUAUUUAGUUGCACAUGGAAGAAUGAAAGAAAAAGAGGCACGGACAAAGUUUAGGCAGAUUGUAUCUGCGGUACAGUAUUGUCAUCAAAAAUGCAUUGUUCAUAGAGAUCUUAAGGCAGAAAAUUUGCUUCUUGAUGCAGACAUGAACAUUAAAAUAGCAGAUUUUGGUUUUAGUAAUGAAUUUACAACUGGUAACAAACUGGACACGUUUUGUGGUAGUCCCCCAUAUGCUGCUCCAGAGCUUUUUCAAGGAAAGAAGUAUGAUGGUCCAGAGGUUGACGUGUGGAGCCUUGGUGUAAUACUUUACACGUUAGUCAGUGGAUCAUUGCCUUUUGAUGGUCAGAAUUUAAAGGAACUAAGGGAGAGAGUGUUGCGUGGGAAAUACCGCAUUCCAUUCUACAUGUCAACGGAUUGUGAAAACCUCCUUAAAAAACUAUUAGUACUAAACCCAACCAAAAGGGGAAGCUUAGAACAAACAAUGAAGGAUCGGUGGAUGAAUGUAGGCUUUGAAGAAGAUGAAUUAAAGCCAUAUAUUGAACCAGAACCUGAUUUCAGUGACACAAAAAGAAUAGAGUUAAUGGUCACCAUGGGCUUCGCAAGAGAGGAGAUUCAUGAUUCUUUAGUAAACCAGAAGUAUGAUGAAGUCAUGGCAACUUAUUUAUUACUAGGUCGAAAGCCACCAGAGUUUGAAGGAAGUGAGUCUCUCUCCAUUACCAACUUGUGUCAGAGGUCUCGACCGAACAGCGAGUUCAACAACAGUUCUGUCCAAUCUCCUGCUCAUUCGAAGGUCCAGCGCAGUAUAUCAGCCAAUCAGAAGCAGCGCCGAUUUAGUGAUCAUGUGGGGCCAACAAUUCCACCUGCAGUUUCAUAUUCCAAAAGGGCUCAGGCAAAUAGUGUCGAGAGUGAUCAGAAGGAAGAAUGGGAUAAAGAUGCAUCACGGAAAGUUAGCAGCACUUUUGUCAGCUCCAAAGGAGAGAUGCCUGCAAGUCCACUCGCUAGUACAGAAAGAAAGAAGUCCACAACAGUUCCAAGUAGCAAUGCAUUUCCUGGUGGAGGGAUGACUAGAAGAAACACCUAUGUUUGUGAGCGUACUGCAACGGAUCGAUAUUCUGCUGUACAAAAUGGAAAAGAUAGCAGUUUAACUGAAAUGUCUGCUUGUGCAAGCACUACUUCUACAUCCUCUGCAAGUUCUGCUAUGGCUUCUGCUGUACCAUCAGCACGACCGCGACACCAGAAAUCUUUGUCCACUUCUAGUCAUCCUGUAAAAAUGACAUUGCCUCCAAUAGAAGAUGGUACAGAGGGCUAUAGACCAAGUAGUGCGACGCAAAGGGCACCAGCUGCUUCUCCGUCUGCUCACAGUAUUAGCACUGCCACACCAGAUAGAACGCGCUUCCCUCGAGGAAGCUCAAGUCGAAGCACUUUCCAUGGUGGGCAGCUACGGGACCGGCGUAAUGCCACAUACAAUGGCCCACCAGCAUCACCAACAUUGUCACAUGACACUGCUGCACUUUCAAAUGCCAGAAGAGGGACAUCUGCAAGCAUCAUUGGGAAAAUCACCUCAAAAUUUGUCCGCAGGAGUACUUCAGGAGAACCAAAAGAGAAGGACAGGGAAGAAGCUAGAGAGUCUAAGCCUCGCUCUCUGAGAUUUACAUGGAGCAUGAAGACCACUAGUUCCAUGGAUCCAAAUGACAUGAUGAGAGAAAUACGAAAAGUGUUGGAUGCUAAUAACUGUGACUAUGAACAAAGGGAAAGAUUUCUACUGUUCUGUGUCCAUGGAGAUGCACGGCAUGACAGCCUUGUCCAGUGGGAGAUGGAGGUUUGCAAGUUGCCACGUUUGUCUCUAAACGGAGUCCGCUUCAAACGAAUAUCAGGGACCUCUAUUGCAUUUAAAAACAUAGCAUCUAAAAUAGCAAAUGAAUUAAAACUCUAAUGACAAAGGCCAAUGCAGAAAUAUUUGCACGCAAUGUAAAAUUAAUAAAUAAUUGAAUGUACUGGUUUUACAGCUAAUGACAUUGGCCUAAGGAACUUUCAUUGUGUAAAUGGUUAGAAGUUUCCUUUAUUGCAAUAAAGUUAUACAUAGUUAUUA